AUGCGUCUUAUAGUGAUAUCCAUCUUGGCCUCCUUGACUGCAUUGCCAGUGUACUUGCUCGGUGUUUGCCUAUACAAUCUGUUCUUCCACCCUUACCGGAAGUACCCUGGUCCUUUACUGGCGAGGACAACACCCCUUCAUGCCCUGUGGCACGCUUACAUUGGCGACCUGCACAUCGACGCAUUGCGGUGUCAUCAGAAAUAUGGACCAUACGUCCGAUACUCACCUAAUCGCCUCCUGGUCAACACCCCGACCGGCCUGAAAGGUACUCAUCACACACACUUUUCCCAGUAUAGCGAGUGGAGCGCUGACCAGAGACAAGAUGUGUACGGCCAAGGCAAGAACUUCCAAAAGUCCAAGGGUUAUGCUCCGCACCCCUAUUUUCCGACCGUGUUCAAUACGCACAACUGCAUUGACAAGAAAAUGCAUGGGCGCAAGCGUCGCAUCGUGAGCCAAGGCUUCUCCGAAUCUGCUAUGGCCGGCUCGGAGCAGUAUGUGCUUGAGCAUGUUCGGAAUCUGUGCGAUGCACUGAUCGCGGACGCAAAGCCAGGAGGCUGGUCGGAGCCGAGAGACAUGGCCAUGUGGUCAAACUACUUCACACUCGACGUUAUAUCAGACUUGACCUUUGGUAGGCCAUUCAGUAUGAUCACGAGCCCAAAGCUCAGAUGGAUGAUCGACGCCAUUGUUGAUGGGAAUCGACAUAUCUACCUCCGCUUCGCAUGGCCAUGGUUGUUCAACUUCCAACCAAAGUCCUGGUUCGCACCCGCACGCUGGCUGUUUCCAGAAAUGGAAAGGGAGCGAAACAGCUUCACACAAAUCGCCGACACCUUCACCACGGAUCGCUUGAAGUCGAUCGAAGAAGGCAAGUGCCAUCGGCAGGACAUCAUGUCAGCCUUGCUCGCCGCCAGAGAUCCAAAUACAGGUGAGAAAUUGUCUAUCGAGGAGACGUGUAGUGAAGCGCAUCUGAUGAUUGCCGCUGGUGGUGACACAACGUCCACGGCUCUUUCAGCGGUACUAUUCUAUCUGUCUCGGAAUAGAUCAUCUUACCUUGAACUCGCGCAAGAGAUCCGCAGCAAGUUUGCAGACGUCAAAAAUAUCCGUCGCGGACCGACGCUCUCGUCCUGCCACUACCUGCGGGCCUGCCUCGACGAGGCACUGAGACUAGCUCCGGCGGCGCCUGGUGCGCUUUGGAGAGAAGCUGGUACUGGCGGCGCGUUUGUCGGAGGUCAUUACAUCCCUCCGGGAUGCGACGUGGGAGUCUGUGUGUACGCAUUGAGCCAUGAUUCGAAGUACUUUUCGGAUCCCUUCGAAUUCGACCCAAGUCGCUUCCUGCGGCGGGAGUGUCAUUCGGAAAGGUCUGAGGCAUUGACAACUGCUUCCGAGAUGGCCGAAGAUCCAGCCUUCUUCCCGCAGUCUGCACUAUCGAAGUCUCGUCAUGAUGUGGUCGUGGUCAACGAUCUUGAUGCAUUUGCACCUUUCCUGGUCGGUCCUCGAAGCUGUCCUGCAAAGCCUCUGGCAUAUCUUGAGCUCAGCCUCGCACUUGCCCAGGUGAUGUGGUUGUUUGAUUUUGAGCCUGUUGAUGACACUGGAGCUGGUGCACCGGUAUUAGGGACAGGAAGAGAGAGGCCGGAAGAGUUCCAGAUUGUUGAUAUGUUCAGCAGUAACAAGCAAGGUCCGGUGUUGAGGUUUCGGAGGAGAGAUGAGUUGUUGUCUUGGCUUGUUCUGGCCUCUUUCGCUUCAUCCACGCUGUUAGAUGAUUGA